UUUUAAAUAUCUUCCAUGCCUUUCACAGAGUUUAAAUUUAGACUCCACAUGCGGCAGGAGCCAACAGUUCCUAACUGAAGUCAAAGUCAGAGGCUUUUCAGUUCGCUCGGUCCUGAGUCAUAGAUUGGACAUAGGUUAUACUUCCUUUUUGAUAUCAGUAAAAGAAAGUAGCAAAUAUGUCAAACAGUAAAGACCUUGAGGAUCUCAAUGAAGAGGAUAUUGAUGAGGAUGAGCUCCUUGCUAUGCUUUCGCCGGAGGAGCUUAAGGAGCUCCAGAGUGAAAUGGAUGUUAUUAUUGCUCCAGAUGAGAGGGUACCGGUGGGCCAGAGACAAAAGGACCAGACGGACAAGCCUCCAACGGGGACGUUCGACCACAGAUCGCUGGUUGGUUACCUCUACUGGGAGAAAGAGUCCAACCGUAUGCUUGAAGAAGAAAGAGUGCCUACUACUCUGCUGCCCAGUGAGAGAACUUUGAGUGAGGAAAAUGAAAAGAAAGAAGAAGAAGAAGACGUUGAGUAUGAAGUGAUAGAGGAAGUCAUUGAGGAAGAAGUUGUAGACGGUACAGAUGGAGAGGAAAUUAUAGAGGAGAUUAUCGAGGAAAUUGUUGAAGUCUUUGAUGAGACGGAUGAAGUGGAUGAAAAGGAAAAACAAGUGGAUGUAAAAGAUGAAGAAGAGAUAAAAACAGACAACCGUGAGAAUCUAAACAAGCAUGUAGAUCCUCUAGACACUAAAACCGAAAAUGUAUUAGAAAACAAUACAGAUGACAAUCAGCCUUUAUCAGACACCAAGGAGAAGACUGAGAGUGUAGCCCAAAGACCCAGCACAUCACCAGUUGAAGAGAAAGAGGAAAUUAAAACUACAGAGACUUCGCUUCCCAAAGAGGCAGCAGAGGAGCCAGAGAUAAAAGAAACCAUUGAUACACUCCCGAAGAAAGAAGAGAGAAAAAUUAACAAAUUAAAUAUACCAAAGCUAGCAUUUAAUAAUAUAAAAAUGACAUCAAGACCCUCAGGAAAUGAGACAAACUUGGAGACGACUCUUGACAAAGUCCGCAACAACAACCCCUCUAUCACUGAGAUUAAUUUAAACAACAUAGAAAACAUUCCCAAAGACAUGCUCCUAGACUACGUCAACGCUUUGAAGAAGAACAGACACGUGAAAACCUUCAGUAUAGCCAACACCGGUGUGGAUGAAAAUAUUGCUUACCACCUGGCCAACAUGUUACGAGAGAAUCGAAGCAUUACCACUUUGAACAUCGAGUCUAAUUUUGUAACCGGAAAGGGCAUCGUGGCCAUCAUCCGCUGCCUCCAAUUCAAUGAGACCCUCACAGAGCUGCGUUUUCACAACCAGAGGCACAUGCUGGGUCACCACGCAGAGAUGGAGAUCUCUCGCCUGCUCAAGGCCAACAACACCCUCCUAAAGAUGGGCUACCACUUUGAGCAGCCAGGGCCCAGGAUGGUGGUGACCAACCUCUUGACCAGGAAUCUGGACCGCCAGAGGCAGGUGAGGAAGGAGGAUCAGAAGCAACAGCAGGCCAUGGAGCAGAAGAAGAUGAUGCAGAUGUAUGAGAACAGCCUUAACCUGCCUCCUGGUUUACUUGAGAUGCUUGGGUACGUACCAUCAAUGGAGCUCCUGCAGGAGCACGGGUUUGUCCCACCUUCUUCUGAACUGUGCAAUGAACCUCAAACGCACCACGAGACAAAACAACAAGAGCCUCAGAAAAAGGUGAAACAAAACAGCACUCCCAAACAACAAAGUGCAGAACCAGCAAGCUCUUUGAGGGACGUCCAGCUGAAGAGGACUCCCAAGAAACGUGACCCUUUUCUUGACUUGGACCCGAGGGAUAACAAGAGACCAGAUGCAGCUCGUUUCCAACUGAAGAAGACUCAACGGGUGAUGAAUGUAAGCGAUGGAGAGUUGACAGAUGAAAGACCAAACCUGACUGAAGUGAUUAAGACUUUGAAGCCCGUCCCUCGAAGACGACAGCCAGCUAAGGUUGACCUCACACCCCGUGAUGAGCUGCUGAGUGAGAUCAAAAAGAGCAAUGUGGCCUAUCUGAAAAAUGUGCCGCUCCCUAAAGUCCUGGAAUCGGCUGAAACGAGUCUCUUCUGAGGCUUCAACUUGCUAAAAGCUGUUUGUUUUCUUCACCAAACUGUAUGUUUAUUCUAAAUAUAUUCUAAAAUGAUGUGUGCAAAAUAAAAGUGACACAUACUUUUAUAACACAUUCAAAAAUAUUGGUUGUUGUUCCACUCCACUAAAUGCUGUUGCUUUAGAAAAUCAUUAAACAAUAAGCUCUAAAUGAUGAAGAAAAGCCUCAUAUUAUGCUUCUGUUGUUGCUCAUAUAUUUCUUGACAUUGUGUGUUAAAAUAAAUGUAGGUUUAUAGGUUUGUUUGAUUAAUGUUAGAUUCAUUUUGGAGCAAGCCUGUUCAAUAUAUUUGCCUUUUGUUAUAAAAAAAUCUUCUACUGUUUGCCUGGGUUUCUCUUUUAUUUUUCUGAAAUGGAAUAGAUCUUUAUUGAACUAAAUGGAUCACUUGAGAACAUUGCCUUUUAUCCCAGUACAUUUUUCAGUUUGACACUUUUUUAUUUCAGUAAUAUUUCACAAUGAAUCCCUUUAUUUCUCAGAGAGAUUGAACACAAAAAAACCCAAGAAAACUUCAUUUGAUGUUAAAUAUGUUUCUAUGUUUAUACUGAGACUACACAGGGAAAAGACCACAACAUAAAUCAGGUAAUCUUUAUUUGUAUAUAUGACCGCCAUGUUUUAAGUCCAGUACUGUGAAUGAAUCAUCACUCUGUCAAGAUGAAACAGUUGCAUAAAAACAGAAAAUAUAUAAUUUAGCAUCUGUGUAACAUAAAGAAUCUUCCUGAACUGCCAACUGUGAAAGUGGCACUAAGACAAAGCAGUUAAUGUGCACAUGUGUAAAAGCAACAGGAAACUGCUCACUCUUUCAGUAUAAAACAAACACUUAACAUAACACAUUGAAUUUAGAUUUUUUUUUCACAAGGACAAGUGAUUUAAUCCUAACAGAAAAUGGGGAAAAUAGAACGGGCAAUUUAUUAAUAUAAUAUUUCUGUAUCCUGUAGCCAUUUGAUAUAUUUCUGCAUGCUAUAUCAUGGAAAUAAAGACACAUCAGAACGAACAUAUACAUAUCAUGACGUUAUUCAAACAAUAAAGCUGCACUUGCCAUUCAUUUUUAAAUAUUGCAUAGCUGUGAUCAGAAGGGAUACACUCAGGCCAGCCUGUAUGGUCAGGAACCAAGGACACACAUCUUGUGAGAAAAGCAAUAUUUAAACUUCCAUGAGCAGAUAAUUGUGUCUACAAACAGGUCUCAGAUCAGUAUUCAGCUCCUGAUGUGACAAAAUGGGAUUUAUUGCUGUUUAAUAAGCAUUUCACUGGGUGAAUCAAACAUGCUUGUUUUGAGGUAGCAAACUGCAAGCAUCUGAUUAUUU